AUGGAUGAAUUAUAUAAUACAUAUAAAAGUGACAGUGAUAGUGAAAAAGAAGUUGUUCUUGAUUUUGAAUUUUCAAAUUUAGAGAAAAAAUUAAAAUUCAAUGCGUCUGAAACUUUAUCAUUUCCUACCAAUGCUAUAACAAAUCAACCAAGAAAAAGAAAAUUAGAAAAUCUUUAUGGUCCAAUUUAUGAUAAUGUUGAUAAUAGUGGUAAUUCUUCAAAUAAUAACAAUGAAUCAAUUUUUCAAAAAAACAUCAAGAAACAAGAACCAGUUGUAACUUUUUCUAAAAAUGUAAGAAAAUAUCGAUUGCAAAAAUCACAAAAACCUGAUAAAGAAUUAUUAAUGAAACAAUUUAGUAUAAUCCCAAAACGAAAAAUUAAUACUUUUUCAACAAAAAAUGAUGAUUAUCAUUUAACUUCAAUAUUAUGGUGUGGCUCUUUUGUAUUGGCAUCUGCAUCAAUGAAUGGAUCAAUAAAAAUUUGGGAUGUUUUUAGAUCAAAAAAAUGUGUUCAAACAAUUCAACAUAAUGGGGCAGUUAAGGAUGUGCAAUGGGACUUCAAUCAUAAUAAUAUUCUUUCAGGUGGAUUUGAUAAUAUAGUAAAGUUGAGUGAUAUUGAAGCAGGAAAAACAAUUCAAUCAUUUUUACAUCAAGAAAUUAUAACUAGUCUUCGUUUUCAUCCUACCCAAACUAAUAUUUUUGUUUCAGGAAUGAUGAAAGAUGGAAUAAAAUCAUGGGACAUACGAUCCAAUAAGAUUAUAAAAGAAACUAAAAAAUUCUGGGGAGGUGUUAAUGAUCUUGAGUUUUUUCCUGAUGGUAAUAAAUUACUUACAUGUUCAGAUUAUGUAGUUAAAAAUGCGGCUGAUAAGAAUAUAAUUGUAUGGGAUUUUGAUUCAAUGACUAGUAUUUCAAAUCAAAUUUAUCAAGAAGCCUUUUCUUGUACAGCAUUAAGAAUCCAUCCUUUACAAAAUCAUUUUGUUGCUCAAUCCAAUGGAAAUUAUAUUGCAAUUUUUGGUAUUGAAAAACCUUGGAAAUUAGAAAAAAGAAAGAGAUUUGAAUCUCAUCAUGUAAAUGGAUAUCCAAUACGAUGCAAUUUUUCACUAGAAUCAAAUAAAGGAGGUCAAUUUUUAGCAUCAGGAGAUGCUGAUGGUAGAAUAAUAUUUUAUGAUUGGUUUACAACACAUCCAAUCAAGAUUAUUGAAAAUGCACAUCGGGAAGUAUGUACAGAUAUUUGUUGGCAUCCAAUACUAACUAAUACUUUUGCAAGUUGUGGUUGGGAUGGUACAAUUUCAUUGUGGGAAUAG